CUUUCAGUUUCACCUAGGCCGCGGUCAGUUUCAGUCAGACAGUGCUCUCAGAUUCGAUAGUCAGCUCUUAGCAGCAGCGUCUUAUUCAGUGUUCGAUUCUCUUCGGAAACCGAGUCAGAAGUGAAAAUUUUCCUGAAGCCGUUCUUUUGAAUCGCCGUCGUUUUCUGUGGUGUGUGGCCGUGCGCUAAUCAAAAGUGUGGGACUAUUUCCAAGUGUAAGUUGUGCGGUUUUCCUUUUUGUGGGGAAAAAGUGGUUCGCCAUUCGUGCGUUGUGUGACAAAAUUCACGUCGGUCUCCGGGGGUGGAAGAAAAGAAUCAAUCCAUGCGAAUCGCAUCGCAAUCACGCUCGAUCGUUUCCCCAUCGAAACAAAAGCUCACCGCCGAAGAAUUGUAGGCGAGUGCGCCGCCAGUAGGACGAACAAGGACAGACAGUUGCGUUUUUCCAUUUCAUGCAGCAGCGUGCGGAGCUAGAGGAAUUUUGGUCAGAGAAAUUUCCACACAGACCCCACGGCACAGUGCGAAAAGGGUAGUACUACGCCCCCGCAGCAGAAAAAUCCGACAAACUUUUCCGGUUUCUUCGCAACCAUCCGUCGGCGGCGAGAACAGGUUCCUCCUAGUGUCGUGGUCGUCGUUCUUCCGCCGCAGCUUUUCCAUUUCUCCCACUGUCAGCCAGUGGUGGAGAGUGUACUUCUGCCCAGGUGUCAUAGCAACGACGCACAGCGGCUGGUCUACUUGGUUUUUGUUUCUCCGCGAGCUCCGAUUCUGCGUCAUCCAAACAAAGUAAGGGGAAAAGCCAGUGCGUCGCGAUAAGGCGAAAAACUCCCAAGAAAAGCUAAAAUAUAGUAAAUAAAACCGCAUAUAGGUACAGAGUGAAACAGAGAGAGAGCGAGCGAAAGAAGAGCCGGGCGCCCGCACAGUAGUAGGAAAAGCCGCGCGUGUGUUGUUCAUAAAAGAAAAGCAGUGAAGCAAAAGCAAGGCGCAAUCACCGAAGAUAAUAAUCGAAGAAGUGAAAACCCUGUGCCCCGCGCCGCAAUCGCUGAGUGAAGUGAACGCCGAAAGGGCCCUUAUUUACAACAACUCCGUCUCCGUCUGUCGCGUCGAAUCCACCGACCGUCGACGAAAGGGAAAAGAAGUUCUCCAGCAGCAACUAGCUCCCGCAGCAGCUCACAACCAGUGACAGAAGAAGAAAAGUGUGUGUCGCGAGUUCCGAGUUUCCAUCCGAAGGUAAACAGCCAACGCUCAACUUCUCAAUGAUCAUGGCGUUCAACGGAAACGGUGCCGGCGGUGGCCAGGACGGGCCCCACAACAAGCGCCUCUGCACCGGCCAGGAGAUGAUCGAGACGGUUCCGCUCAACAGUCGGAACAACAACAACAACAUCAACGUCACAGACGAACCUCGGCGGAAGCGCGAGGUAGCAACCCGGCCCAACCAUAUCCUGCUCUUCACCAUCAUCAAUCCAGUCUAUCCGAUUACAGUGGACGUUCUACACACCAUCUGUUCACCCAACGGACAAGUACAGCGUAUCGUGAUAUUCAAGAAGAAUGGAGUCCAAGCUAUGGUUGAGUUCGACAGUAUUGAAUCGGCAACCCGCGCCCGUGAAGCCCUCAAUGGCUGUGAUAUCUACUCCGGUUGCUGCACACUGAAGAUCGACUAUGCCAAGCCAGAAAAACUCAAUGUUUACAAAAACGACACGGACUCCAGUUGGGACUACACAUUGGUAGCAGCUGUCACCAAGGAUGCCUGCAACGGACGGGCCCCGUUGCUGCACGAUCCAAACAUCUUCGGCGGACGGCCGACCCCUUACAAUGAUCGCCAAUCAUUAGUCAACCAUGGUCCUAAACCAGCCCUCCUGGGAGCCGGCGGAGGAAAUGGAUUCGCGCCGAACUUUUCACCGCCCGAGUUCCACCCGUCGGAAAACUGGAAACCCACCCCCGCCGGAGCACACGUCGGACUUAUGAAGGACCCGCCGCUGACCCGCAACGGACCGGCCAACUUCAUCCAACCGGCACAGCAACAGGGCGCAGUGAUGAUGGUGUACGGACUCGAUAACAGCACAGCCAACACCGAUAAGCUGUUCAAUUUGUUCUGUUUGUACGGCAACGUUGUCAGGAUAAAGUUCCUGAAGACCAAAGAGGGAACCGCCAUGGUCCAGAUGGGAGACGCCAUUGCAGUGGAACGCAGCAUCCAGCACUUGAACAACAUUCCAAUCGGAAAUGAUGGUAGCAAAAUUCAGAUUGCAUUUUCCAAGCAGAACUACUUGUCAGAGUCCACCAACCCCUACACCCUGCCGGACAACUCGAUCAGCUUCAAGGACUACAGCGCCUCCAAGAACAACCGCUUCCUGUCGUUGACCCAGGCCAGCAAAAAUCGCAUUCAGCCCCCCAGCAAGAUCCUGCACUUCUUCAACACCCCGCCUGGUAUGUCCGAGGAUCAGCUCUUGAAUGCGUUCACCAGCAAGGACUGCCUGCCGUCGCAAGUGCGAAUGUUCCCCCUGAAAUCGGAACGGUCCUCCUCCGGAUUGGUCGAAUUUCCCAGUGUAGCCCUUGCCGUCAAUGCCAUCAUGAAGUGUAACCACAGUGCGAUCGACCACAAAGGCACGAAAUUCCCCUUCAUCAUGAAGCUGUGCUUCUCCUCGUCCAAAACGAUGAACGGCGCGUGGAACAACGAGAACAUCGAGAACAUGAACAUGGGCAUGCCGCAAGGCCAGGGCAAUCCGAUGGUAGCGACGGCGACGGUGUCCUCCGUGGCGGCGUCCUCCACCGGUGUGGUGAACAUCCAGGUCGCGUUUCCAAGCACUAGCCAAGUCGAUAUGGAGGAACGACGGCCCGGAAGACAUCCACUCACCGGACGGUAAAAAGGGAGGAGAGAAAGGUGAAACAAUAUCAAAGCUAAAUUUAAGGCACAGUCCAACGUCCGACAACCUAAAAGUAAUAUAUAUUGCUGAAACAAACACUAAAAAAAGAAAAACUUUACGGAAAAGCAUUUGCUCCGCCGACACCGUCGAAUUGUACAGAAAAGUCAAGUUUGGGAAGCAAGGUCAUCGAUUUUUUAAACCAAAAAGGAAACAAUUUUCCAUCCUCCGGAAUUCCUUCGAAAAAAAAAUUGUUUUUGAGAUUGUACUGAAAUAUUUGUUUAGCUAAUUUUGGUCACAUUCACGAUGAUCAGCAUCAUUUAGAACAAAGAGAAAAAAGGAACGAAGGAGAAGCAGCAGUGAGGAACACUGAAUGAAAAAGACAUUAUUUAUUGCAUAGUUUUGUAAGGCACUCUUUAGCGGUUAGGAAUCAUUCUUCUUUGUUUUCAUCUGCAGUUUUUUUUUACAUAAGCUUUUUUCAUUUUGUUUCUUUUUUAAGGAUUGGGAAAAGAUUGUCCCUUUUCUUUGUAGGUAAUGCAAUAUUUCAUCCACUUUUGUUUUCAUUUUAAUUGGAUUAGCAAUGUAGAAUAGAGAAAAAAGAGAGGCAGCAGAUUAAAAAAAUACAUAUUUGUUGAACUGUUUUAGAAAACAUAAAAAUUGAAGAAAUCUGCGUAGUGAAAUUAGUUCCAAAUUGUACAUUGUAAUGUGUAUAAUGAAAAAGAAGAAAACAAGAAGAAAAAAAAGAUUGUCAAAAAGUGAAUUGGAAGAUUCAGUUCUAGCGGUUAAGUUAGCAAUAAUAAGGAAAACAAAAACAAACAAUUUUGUAUAGAAUCGUUUUAAUUUCCAUUUGUUUUUCAUCCCAAACUACAACAGAAACAACAACAAUCAUCACAAUAUUGCGUAAAACACGGCAAACACUCUUUACACACAUACAUAUACAAAACAUAUAUACAUAUGCAACACUACCCACACGUGUAUUAGUGGAGAAACAAAAUGAUGGGGGGCAUGGGAUUGCGUGACGACAUCACUUAUAUCUCUCUGACUCUACCACCACCAGUCACCACCACUUCAUAUACCUAUACUCUAUUGUGAAUACUACUUCUACUAUUACUACUACACACCGAAACAGAUAAGCAUCCAAAAAACAGGCGAUGGUUCCCCUCCGUUCCCUCCGGAUAGGGGGAUGUGUUCGAAAAUGCGAAACAUUGAAUUAAGACGCGAGGGGAACGACUGCGAACCAUAUGGUUUUUGAUUUAGUCCCAUCGGUAAUUCUCAUUUACUGACACUAACUACCUACUGUUUUGUUUGUAAGGGUGAAAUAAAAAGGCGGUGUUUUGUUUACUGUUAUUGUUGGGGGAAUGUACAUCAUAUAGACUUGAUCAGUUUGAACUUCGGUAAACAUUUUCUAAGUAACAUUUUAAAGUCAAAUAGGAGCCGAUGAGGUUUUUAGAACCACGAUAAAACCAAAAUAAAAUUGUUUAGGUUUUACGGUGGUUCUUUAAAGUUCCUAUCAAAAAGAACUGGUGUUAGUUUUGUUGCGUUUCCGAGAUAAUUUAAAGAACUGCUGGUCAAAAUGCUUGAUUUUGUUGAGGCUCAAUCGUGUAUAUUGCUUUACGGAGCCGAUUGUUUUUACUUUUUGACAAACAAUGUAAUACCUGUUGAGCAAAUUUAUGAAGGAAUUCAUCAUGAGAUCAAUGAAGAUUUUCCUGUAGUUUCAGAAGGAAUUCUCAGAACACAAUUUUAAAUCAUCAUCUGGGCGCUGUACCAAAAAAAUUUUUGAAAAUUUUGAGUAAAGUUUUCCUACAAAAUCCGGAUUAAAUUUUUGAUUGAUUUACUCUCCUGUCAAAAUUUUAUGAGAAAAAUAAAUGCAUUGUAUCAAAGUUUAGAUUUUUAUCGCGAGUCACUCAAUGGUCUAUACUCAGCUUGUGCUACACUCGACGAAUGUUACAAAUCCUGAAGCAACGUGCUCGGACAUCAGAGUGGUCAAAAUAAUAAAAGGCCCAAGCAUGCAUAGCGGCAAUACAAUACAUUCAUCAAAUUGGUCUCACUUGUCAAACUGGCCUAAUGUUAACUGCUGUUUUAAGUUUUAGUGAUGCACAUUCCCCAAAAAACAGUAAACAGAACACCGUGGAAACAAAAUGACAAUUCAAAAGCCACGCGAAAGGAAAAUUUCCAAGCGAAAAACCCCGAAGCUACUUCUCUUUUUCGGAGCGGAUAUGUUAGUUGUUAGGAAAGUUAGCUCAUUUUUGUACAUUUUUAUACAAAUUAAAUCUAUGUGAAAACCUUUCGUUUUUAAGCCUAGAUUUUAGUGUAGAGGAGGAAUACCGAGAGUGAGAGAAACCGCGAGACGCUGCAGAGAAGCUAGACAAGAUGAGCGUAUGACACAAAGAAGAUUAAACCCGUUGUUGAGUUUUACUUUUAGGAUGUUUUUUUUAUUAUUAUUUUGAAGUUGUUUUUUAGUUUCUACGUUACAUCAAAUCUUCCAUCCUUCCUAGACCGUUAGUUUGUUUUCUCUUGCAGGUUCGAUUUGUUCAUUUACUAGCGAUUAAGUUUCUACAUUUACCUUCUACUGUCUGUACACUUCAGUUACGUUCUUUUAGGAAGACUACAAAGCGAGAUUCUAAUUUCACAAUCAAUUUUUCUCAAACGCCAAAGCCAAAAAGAAGCCAAUACUGUGACUGCCAUCUGCGGGGGCAGUGCGAAAAAAAAAAUGUGUGCAAGUGCAAAUGGAACAAGAAGAGACUUUAUUACUACUUUGUUGUUGAGAGGAAAUAAGAAAACAAAAAUAAAGAAGCCACACCGAGCAGUGAAACAA